AUGGCGUCUCCUCUUUUCGCUGCCGAGCACCAUGCGGCUCCCGCCGUCGAGGUAUCGGCGGCCCCUCGGAAGGUCUCGUCCCUCCGCAAAUGGGGACCAGCCAUGAUUGCGGUUGCUUUCGUAAUCGCCGUCAACGCCGUCAUGUUCCGUGACGGAACCCCCCAGCUCACUCCACAAGCCCAGCGCAAGCUUAGUCUUUCGGCGGAACGGACUCGGGCGGUUCAGCAAAUGAAGGAUACGGCCUUUCAGGUACGCGACGGAUUCGGCUCCCGGCACCUCACCGAAGACGAAGGGGGUGUCAUGGAAUAUACCCGGCGCCGUCACCGCUAUCUCGGAGACUACGUACACGUAGACAAGUCUGCAGCCUUUUCUGUCUUUGGGAAAGUAUCCACUUCCCUCAUCUACUUUGCUUUCUGGGUCUUCCUCAUGUUCCCCAAUUGGUUUCUUCCGAUUGGUCGUCCCGGUAUUGCGCUAGGGGGUGGUCUUUCCAUGGUGGUGUGGCGUUUCAUCCUGCGGGAAACCGGACACGGACCCUACUUUAACGCGGAGCACGUCAUUAUUAUGGAACCCCUCUUUCUACUUUUUGGUCUCAUGCUUACCACAAUCUAUAUUGAAAAGAUGGAGCGGGGCGGUCUCUUUGACAAACUCCGAGACUCCCUCGAUGACCCCGUCAACUGGAAACGCUCGGCAAAGAUCAUGGCCAUGUCUACCAUUGGAUCCGCCGCGGUCAUGAACGAUUCCGUGGUACUCAUUUUCUCCGGUGUGGUCGUCGACUUGUGUGUCCGCCACAAAGUGGCCAACUCGCUUCCCUACCUUUUGUCGUUGGCUACCACCGCCAACAUUGGUUCGGCCUUGACCAUGACCGGAAACCCGCAGAAUAUUCUCAUCGUGUCUCUCGCCUACGAUAAUAUUGGCUGGAUCGAGUUCGCCUCCAAUAUGGUCCUUCCGGUAGUUGCCGCGACCAUUAUCAACUCGGCGAUGAUGUUUGUCUACUACGGUUCGGAAUUGUUCCCGGGCUCUUCGGGAUGCCUCGAAAACUUUGGUAUCAUGUUUGGCGGCAACCGCACCCCGGAGAUGCUUGCCCAAGAACACGCCUACUACGCCCGCCAAUCCGCCAACAAGGACCCCAGCGCCAUGAUGGACGAUGGUUACUGGUCGGUCUGGUCGCGCCUCCAGGCCGUGGUGGUGCUACUCUUCUUGGUCUUCUUUGCCUGCGGUUUCGAUGUGUGCGUGGUUUCUAUCUGUGCCGGUGCCAUUCUGAUGUGUAUCUCGGCCUACAAGCGUCAGCACUACGACCCCAAGCCUUCCACAAUCCAGUACGACGAAGACGGUAACCUGCUUCCCGCCAAGAAGACUUACGACAUGGAUGGUAACGAAAUCGAACCCGAAGACGAAGAACUCGUGACAGAAUCCGAAACGACCCUUACCGAAGUGGACUACGGUCUCCUCAUGCUUUUCAUUGGACAGUUUCUGCUGAUCGGUUCGUUUGACGAUACUGGCGUCCCUCAGGGUUUCUUCAACAUGACCAUGGGCGGAUGCGCCGACCAGAUGGCUGAAGGUGCUUGCGUAUACUGGUUCGUGAUGAUUGUCACCGUACUCUCUAAUAUUGCUUCCAACGUGCCGGUGUGCCAGAUGCUGGCGGCCACCUUUCCCUACGCCAGUCCGUACGAAUGGUUGCAGGUAUCGUUCUCAGCCACCAUUGCCGGAAACUUGACCAUGCUUGGAUCUGCCGCCAACAUGAUUGUCGCGUUCCAAGCCGCCAAAGUAGGGGACCGCACAUUCACCUCGGAACGGCACGCCCCCUUUGGGAUUCCGUCUACCUUGUUAUGUCUGUACGCCGGAACCUUUUUGUUGGCCAAGGUACACUUUUCACCCGAGUGCUCGGAGCGUCUCGGGGAAUGUGCUUAA